AAGACAUAAAACUUUUAAGAGCAAAACGCCAAAUUCGUUAAGUUCAUAAACGCAGCUUCGAUGACUUCUCUCACAAAGUCAUCAUCACAAUUAGGGUUUUUUUUUUUUUCAAAAGAAAAAAGAAAUAAAAACGAUUUGAAAUCUUAGGGAAUGCAGCCGAAUUGCUGCCAUGCUUCCUUUGCUUUUGUUCUGAAGUUCUUGAAUUUUCUCCAAGCUUUCAUUGGAGUAUGGAUCAUACUGUAUUCGAUAUGGAUGUUGGAUCGGUGGAAGCAUUACGUCCCCAUUUCUCCGCCGCCUUUAGCUCCUUCGCCGGAGUCUUCUCUUUCGAUCCUCUUCUCGAGACCGGAGGUUGGAGCUCAAGCAGCUAGGGUUUUUGAUGAUUUCGCUGUCGGUUGGGUCUCCGGGUUGGAUAAUGGGGUCGGGUUAGACUUGAGCUCCGUUAAGCUACCUGCUCCCUGGUUCAUCUACUCUUUUAUGGGAGUGGGUAUUGUGCUAGGUUGCAUUACUUUCAUUGGUUGCAUAGCAGCUGAAUCUAUUAAUGGCUGCUGUCUUUGUUUCUAUACACUUCUCAAAAGUGUUCUCAUUUUAAUAGAAGCUGCUUUGGUGGCAUUUAUUGCAAUUGACCGGAGCUGGGAGAAGGAUCUUCCAUUUGACCCAACUGGAGAACUCAAUAGCCUUCGAUCCUUUGUUGAAGUCAACAUUGAUAUAUGUAAAUGGGUUGGCAUCAGUGUGGUCAUAAUUCAAGCAUUAGCUUUGCUAGUGGCAAUUAUUUUGCGGGCAAUGAUUUCUGCUAGAAAAAGAAACGUGGCCAAUGAAGAUGAUUUUGAAAGUAGCAGAGAUAGAACUUGGGAGCCACUCCUAAACCCUCAGUCUAGCCACUCAUCUACUUCAGUCAAGGGUGAUGGCAGGGGAACUCACUCUGACAUCUGGGCCUCACGAAUAAGAGAAAAGUACGGACUGAACAGUGGUGAUAGAUAUAACAGUGCUGAUAAAUACAAUUUACUAAACCAGAACGCAUCUGCAAGUAUGAAGUCCAAGUAGAACAAUGACCAGAGAGAACGAUUGAUCGAUCAAUCUCACAGGCAUCAAUAUCAUCUGUAUUUCAAACUGAUCAAGUUCAUAUCAUUGCACUCUAGUCCUUUUAUGUUUUGCUUUUGUUAAGGAAGUUUGAUGUAUAUGGUUCUUCAAACUCAUGUUUGCUGUAUUGCUCUGUAAUUUUACCUAAUUGAAUGUGGUGAUACUAACACUCUGUAUAAAAUGAGAAGUUUGUUGUUUGGUCUAA